AUGCCGUUGCCGAUUAUCAACAGGUUCUAUCCUCGCGCCUGCGAGAAUAGGCUUCCUAUCAAUCAUCCGGAGAUCAAAGCAUUCAGGGCCAAGUUCUUUACCGCGGCUUUGUUGAACUUUGUCAUCUACGUCCUGUUGUUUUUCUGCCUCUUCUGCUACCUAUAUGGAUCUCUCUUCCAGCAAGUUCCUCGAACCCACAACCUCCAUGUAUUAUGGGUAGACUAUGAUGGCAGCAUCGUCGGCGAUGCCGUGCGCAAUGCGUACAGCUCUUUACAGUCGCUUGAAUUUCCAUCAUUAAUUGAGCGAUCAGCUUCUCAGUUCCCAACUCCCAAUGACCUCAGAGAAGCCGUGUGCAAUUCGCAUUACUGGGCCGCCUUGUUUACUUCUCCCGAAGCCUCUGCGAACCUGGGUUUGGCCGUUGCAGGGUUAAAUACAUCGCAAUAUAACGCCUCAAAUGUGUUGUCAUUUAUUUGGAAUGAAGCCAAAUACCCUACUGUCAUGGACAGCGCCAUCUCGAAUAACCUCCACACUCUCUCCGACGUCGCCCGCGUUUCUUACAUCGCUCUCAACGGCACCUCUGCUUUCCUCACAAUUCCACCCAACAACUCUGCCGCCAUAUCUGUUUUCACUAAUCCCUGGAUAUUAACAUCUAUCAACAUCAAACCCACAACGCAAGGCACUCGCACAGUCUACAACACAAUAGUCAUUGUAUUGAUAUUGAUUGAAGAUUUCUUCUAUCUUGCUACCAUCAACGGACUCUAUGCCCAGUUCAGGAUUUAUUCACGAAUAGCGCCCUUGCGCAUAAUUCUCGUCCGCGAUACCAUCUCUCUCACAUUCACCAUGUUGGGUUCAUUGGUAAACUCCGCAGCCCUCUGGGCAUUUAAAGCUAACUGGCACGUAUCCGGCGAUCAAUUUGCCUUGAACUGGCUCAUCCUAUGGCUAUUUGCACAUACAAAUUUCCUCGCGUUUGAUGUUUUUACCAUCUGGAUACCGCCGCAGUACGUGUCCAUGGCCCUCGUCACUUGGAUCGUGGUGAACGUUAGUUCAAUCAUACUCCCAUUCAGCUUAUCAUCUCCAUUCUACCGUUGGGGAUACGCCCUGCCGGCACACGCAGCCUAUGAACUGCUUACAGAUAAUUGGUCCAGUGGUUGUAAUCCACAUUUGUCCUAUGCUCUUCCGGUCUUGUUCGCCUAUGAGGUAAUUGGACUGAUCUUAACGGGUAUCGGUGUUUAUAAACGAUGCCAUUAUGCUGUCAUAAUGGAGGAAACUACCAAGGAGGCAAUGCGAUUACGGGUGGAGGCGGCGCUCAAGCUAGAGCGAGAGCACGACGACCUUAGGCCUGAUACUGGUGAACCUUCCCGCACGACUACAAAUACUGGUACCUUUGAUCAUGACGAUGAAGCAAGCAGCCGGCAAAGGAGGCGCAUUGAGAGCAAUCUUGAAGACCUUGACAGUCAAAUUCACAGGAUGGAGACGCGGGCAUCUCUGCUGUCAAACAUUGGACCAACUUUUCGUCUCAUCGGUUCAGAGGAUCAAUAA